AUGAACGGAAACGGCAUGGACGAAAUUCUGAAACCAAUUUCGCCUUUAUCAUCACGUAAAAGCAGAGGUAGAGAAGAAAGGAAGGACAGUUUAAGGGAAUUAAUUAUAUAUGUGAAUCAAAAAUUAGAUUUUUUUGGAUAUCCCGCGCCUUUAAAUUUUUUCGAUAGUAAAGAUGAUAAUUCUGUUAAAAAGAUAGUUGAAUGUGUGCUUUCUUUAUUACAAGAUCAUCAGAGAGAAUUUGGAGUUCGAGAGGAAUUAGAUGAUAGACAUCGAAGGUUGCAAAGUGAUUAUGAUAUAGCUUGUUUAAGCAAUAAAGGAUUAAAGGGCAAGAUUGAGGUUAAUGAACGAGAAAUUAACAAAUUGACAUUAAGAUUAAUAAAGAUGGAAGAUGAAUUGAAAGAUGAGUGGGAGAUGCACAAAUUGACCAGAGAUGAAUUAGCAAAGACGAAGUCAAACCUACAGUAUACUAAGACACAAGCUGCACAUGAUGUCAAAAAACGCGAGAUGGAAUAUACCAGAUUUAGAGAAAAAAUGCAAAAACUGCUUAAUGAUAGCUAUAGGAAGGCAAAGAUAGGAUUACAAAUUGUAAAUCCUGCCCCAAAACCCUCAAAACUUCUUUCAAAUGCAUCUAAUAUUGAACAUGGUUUACCAAUAAAAACCGGUGCCUCCGAAGCUGAAGAGGAAGAAAGUCCUGUUGAUGCUGAAAUGUUUAAGCAAAUAGUUGCUGAUGCAGAGGCUCGCGAAAAGGAAUUAUUACAAGAGAAUUCCAAGUUGCGGAAAUUACUCUUUGACGUUCAAAAUCAUAUCAGCACAUUUAUAGAAUCACAAGCAGAGCAUGAAGCUACGAUAGACUCGGCGUUGAUAGAUUUACAAACACCGGAUUCGUAUAAUCCAAAGACCGCUAGAUUUAAUCUUCCUUUCGAAAUGUUUGCAAACAAUGUCGAAGAGGAAAUCAAAGAAUUGCUUUUAGCAUUAAAACAUGAAUGGAAUAACCGUCCAAAUAUGAUAACUGAAUAUGAAACAAAAGAAGAAGAAAAUCGGCAAUUACAGAUGGAAAUAGAAACAAAAGAAGAAGAAAAUCGGCAACUACAGAUGGAAAUAGAAACUAAGGAAGAAGAAAAUCGGCAACUACGGAUGGAAGUAGAAACAAAAAAAGAAACAAAAGAAAAAAAAAGUCGGCAACUACAGAUGGAAGCAGAAACAAAAGAAGAAGAAAAUCGGCAACUACAGAUGGAAGUAGAAACAAAAGAAGGAGAAAAUCGGCAACUACAGAUGGAAGUAGAAACAAAAGAAGAAAAAAAUCGGCAACUACAGAUGGAAGUAGAAACAAAAGAAGAAGAAAAUCAGCAACUACAGUUGGAAAUAGAAACAAUAGAAGAAGAAAAUCGGCAACUACAGCUGGAAGUAGACUCAUUAAGAAAUCAACUCGUCGAGGCUGCUACGUUUGUGGAAGAAGCCCAGAAAAUGAUUGCUAAUUUUGCGGAGAGCGGCUUUAAAGAAGGUCAAGGGGAAUUCAAGUUAAACGUGUCUGGAAACGAAAUCACUAUACCCGAAUACGAUGAGCUUGAAGAAGAUUUACAAUUGAAGCGUAAACAACUUAAUCAUGAAAGAAGAGCAUUUACAGAAUCGCUUAUCCGAUUAGGAAGAGAUAGAGAUCAAUUAUUGACAGAACGAAUCGAAUUUGAACAAGAAAAAAGAGCGUGGAAGGCACUUCAUCCAACGCCUGGAUCAAGGAAAAGCAGAGCCAAUAGGUUCUCGUCAUUUCUGACCGAAACUCCGACACCACCUCAAAAGUUUUCGAUACUAUCAGAAAGUCCAUUAACUCCCUUCCUAGAGCAGUUUAAAUCUGAUUUUGAAUUACCAAAAUAUAAAUAA